AUGGAGAGACACAUGGAGCAAAAUAUAGAUACGAUUCCUUUAAGUCUAAGAAGCCCAGCCUAAGCUAAAGAAAGAUAAUAAUUUAUAAGAAAGUCAGUUCGAGAAAGCUCAUUACAUUAAUCUAGAAACACUAUUACCGCAUUUGUAUUGGAAAAAAUGUAUAUCUAUUAAACUUAUUAAAAAUUAUAGGAAACAGAAAAGAGUUGAUUAGAUGGCAGAAAUUUUUGAAAUAAAGAAAUAAAAGUCCUCAAGAGUUACUCCUAUUGCUCAAAGUGAAAAGUAUAUUAAGGAUAAUGAAGAAGAAGAUUGA